UUCAUAUGUGAGUGUUUGUUUUUUUUUUUUUUUCAUUAUUUUUCCUUCUCGUCUUUGGACGGUUUGUUGAGCUUUUAAUCCCAAUUUUCUCCUUCUAGAGAGAGAAAGUCUAUUAGAGAGACAAGACAGACACAGGGGGAGAGACUUUUAGAGAGAGAAAAGUUUCUGGGAGGCGCAGGGGAAUUGGGCUUCUUUUUUUUUUUUUUUUUCUUCUUCUCCCAGUUCGCGAUGGUUUGAUUGGAAUCUGCAGCAACAAUUAGAUUUCCCCUUUUUGUUUUGUCUUGUUUUGUUGCUUUUUCCAAUUUGUUUUUCUGGGUUUCGAAAAUCGUUGACGGGUUUUCCAAGCUGUGGUUUUUGUAAACCCAGAAAGGGAUCUUCGAUGCAUUGAUUAGAUUUGGUGGAUUUGGAUUUUUCCUAUCUGGGGUUGCUUGGAUUUGCGUUUUUUUGGCGAAAUGAAUGGUGGAAACGAGGUCGUUGCAGCUCCGGCCGGCCCGCCACAGCCGCUGGACUGGAAAUUCUCUCAGGUCUUUGGCGAACGUACAGCCGGUGAAGAAGUUCAAGAAGUUGAUAUUAUUUCAGCAAUUGAAUUUGAUAAAAGUGGGGAUCAUCUUGCUACUGGUGACCGUGGUGGUCGGGUGGUACUCUUUGAGAGGACAGAUACGAAAGAUCAUGGGGGAUCGAGAAGGGAUUUGGAGAGAAUGGAUAAUGCAAUAAGUAGGCAUCCAGAGUUUCGCUAUAAAACAGAAUUUCAGAGUCAUGAGCCUGAGUUUGACUACCUGAAGAGUUUGGAAAUUGAGGAAAAAAUUAACAAAAUCAGAUGGUGCCAGCCAGCUAAUGGUGCCUUAUUUCUGUUAUCUACUAAUGAUAAAACAAUCAAGUACUGGAAGGUGCAAGAAAAGAAGGUUAAAAAGGUUUCUACUAUGAAUGUGGAUCCGUCAAAACCUGUUGGAAAUGGCAGCAAUGCUAGUUCUAGCAAUUCAAGUAGCUCUGGACCAUAUCUUGCAAAUGGAGGAUCCCCAGAUCGGUAUCCCAGUAAUGACCUCUCAUUUCCAGUGAGGGGGAUACAAUCGCUACGCCUACCAGUGGUAACUAGCCACGAGACUAACCUGGUUGCAAGAUGUCGAAGAGUGUAUGCCCAUGCUCAUGAUUAUCAUAUCAACUCCAUCUCCAAUAAUAGUGAUGGAGAAACUUUUAUAUCAGCUGAUGAUCUGCGGAUAAAUCUUUGGAACUUGGAAAUUAGCAAUCAAAGUUUCAAUAUUGUUGAUGUCAAGCCUGCUAACAUGGAGGAUCUGACUGAGGUGAUAACGUCUGCAGAGUUUCAUCCUACUCAUUGCAAUAUGUUAGCAUACAGCAGUUCAAAAGGAUCCAUCCGCCUAAUUGAUUUGCGGCAGUCAGCAUUAUGUGAUUCUCACUCCAAAUUAUUUGAGGAGCAGGAAGCACCUGGUUCUAGAUCCUUUUUCACUGAGAUUAUUGCUUCAAUCUCUGAUAUUAAGUUUGGAAAGGAUGGAAGAUACAUUCUUAGUCGUGAUUACAUGACUCUCAAGUUGUGGGACAUUAAUAUGGAUUCUGGUCCAGUUGCAGCAUUUCAGGUUCAUGAAUAUUUAAGACCUAAGCUCUGUGACCUGUAUGAAAAUGAUUCAAUCUUCGAUAAGUUCGAGUGUUGUUUGAGUGGAGAUGGAAUGCGAGUAGCUACAGGCUCUUACAGUAAUUUAUUCCGCGUGUUUGGCUGUAUGUCGGGAAGUACAGAGGCUACAACUUUAGAAGCUAGCAAAAAUCCAAUGAGGCGUCAAGUUCAGACUCCUUCAAGGCCUGCCAGAUCUCUGAGCAGUAGUAUAACACGAGUUGUAAGACGAGCAGGAGCAGACAGCCCUGGGAUUGAUGCAAAUGGAAAUUCCUUUGAUUUCACAACAAAGUUACUGCAUUUAGCUUGGCACCCGACUGAGAACUCAAUUGCCUGUGCUGCUGCUAACAGCUUGUACAUGUACUAUGCGUAAACGUGGUUUAGCAAGAGAACAUAUUUUGCUUGGUCGACUUUCUCAAGUUUCUCUUGGAGAAAGUUAUUUUCCCAUUUCCUUCCAGCCAUUGAUUCGGAAGCUUUGCAAGUACUCAAGACAUCAAAUGACGUACCCCGAAGACUUAUUGAACGUGCCUUUGGUAUCCAAAUACAGAGGUGGCUGCUACACAAUCCUCCAUAAGGUGUAUGUUGAUUUCUCUGCAGUGGCUGCAUCUCGUUUUCCUCCUCCCUCCCUCUUCCUCAACCCCAACUAUUUAGUUUCUUCUUUCACUCUUUUCAUUUCCCUGCAUCUUCUUCUGAAGGAGAAGAUGCAGUUAUGUUUCAGAUUGUUUUGGGUUGGAGCCAUGAAGGAAAAAAAAAAGAAUGUGAUUGUAGCUCUCCUACAACAAAUACUAUAAACGAAUGUUCAAUAUUUGCAACAACCGCAAGUAGGUUUAAGAUUACGAGGAAAAGGAAAAUGUAGUUUUUAUUCAUAAUCUUGGUUGGGAUGAAACUUUUGAUAAACUUACACAGCAUCAUUUUUUCAUU